AUGGAGCGUGAUGCCGAGGGUGGUGCAGAGCGUGCGCUAGCUGGUCAGCGUGGACCGGCGAUGGUGUUGGGGCAUGAUUGUGGUGGGCGUGAUGGCCACGAUGGUCCGGCGCUGGCGCUUGGGCAUGAUGGCUAUGAUGACUGUGAUGGUCGUUGUGGCCAUGGCGACCUGGCUCCGGUGCUGAUGUAUGGCGACCGUGGUGACCAUGAUGACCUGGCGCCAGUGCAUGGUCAGCACCAGUACCACCAUUGCUAG